GUCUUGAGUCCGGGCUGUUUGAUGCUAUGUCCCAUGGAAACCCUCAGUGUCUGACUAUAAAUAUUCCCCUGGGUGCAACUGAGAGACACUAGCCUCCUGAUAACAGAGCGUAUCCCUGCAGCCAUGGAUGAGCCCAAAUCCAUCCCCAGUGAGCCCAUGCCCCUGGACAUGGACAACCGGGACCCUAAUAACUUGAAUGAUCACGUGAGGGUGCUCUUUGAGGAUGCCUUUGGUGAGCCGGAUGGAUCCCACAGCAUUCCGGGAGUGUGGGGCAUGUCCUACAAGACAUUCAAUGGGGUGAAGAACUGCUGCUACAUUGUCCUGUCUGUGCUGUGUGGGUGCCCCCUGGCCUUCUGCUGGGCACUACAGUUUGCCUGCGUACAGUGCUGCCAUAUCUGGAUGGUGGGCCCUUGCAUACGCGCAUGGAAUAUGAAUGUGAACUGUAUGAAGAUGUUCUACAGCUCCUGUGUGCACUGUCUGUGUGACCCGUGCUGGGAGGCCUGCGCCCUGUGCUUGAGUAUCAUUCGUGUGCAGAAUAAGAACGGAUAGUGUGCCGCUUGGCAGGAUCACCCAUAAGGGCUCUGCAUUCACCAUAACCAGCCCUGGGUUCUGUCCCUUAGUGCUCAGCAUAGUGCAAUGAGGUGUGGGGCUGCUGCGCAGAGUAAUGCUGGGGCCAGGCUGUGCUACAGAACCCUUCAUGGACAUUUUCACUUGUAUUAUCUGUCCUAAACCCUACGGUGAACUGCCACAAACCUGCAUACCCGGUGGCACUCUAACCCAUGUCAUAUACUGUCUGUACUGUACAAUAAAACCAACUCUAUAUCUGC